AUCUUUAUGGUUGGCCGCUCGCUCGCCCAUCUUGGCGUAACGACGGCGUUAACCUUGUAGCAGAACAACUUAUCGAGUGCUGUUCUAGAUAACACUAGUCAGUUCAGUCUUAUUAUUAAGUGGCGUUCCCGAAAGAUGAAAUCAACGUACAAGGAAAAAGUGGUAAAACCACCAAGCACUGCUCAACUUACCAAAAUAGCUGCUGAGUUGGGUUACGACUUAGGAGGGGCUGAUAUUCAAGAAUUUAAAGACGUUAUUGAUGACUCGCUACUAGCAACAUAUCAAAGGUUUAAUGAGAUACCUGAUCCCAAACUACCUGUAAAAUACCCGCGAACGCCUGGGUAUCGACCGACCGGGCCCAAGGACAAUCCUUAUAACGCAUGGUACUGUCGCUGUGACAUCCCUGGCGCUCCAAACGGAAACCUUCACGGUAAAACGAUCGCCAUCAAGGACUGCAUCUGUGUUGCGGGUGUUCCCAUGAUGAUGGGCUCCCAGAUAUUGGAAGGUUAUAUCCCGGAUGUCGACGCUACCGUGGUGACAAGGAUACUGGAUGCCGGUGGUCACAUUACUGGGAAGGCUGUUUGCGAGAAUCUAUGCAACAGUGGAGGCAGCUUUAACGCAGCCACUGGUCCUGUAGUUCACCCCCUUGAUGAGACCAGGAUGACGGGAGGAUCUUCUUCAGGGUGUGCUGCUUUGGUGACAGGAGGUCACGUGGACAUGGCGGUAGGUGCUGAUCAAGGUGGCUCUGUUCGUAAUCCAGCGGGGCGCUGUGGCAUUGUGGGGUUGAAGCCUACUCUGGGUCUCAUUCCAUAUACGGGUGUCGUACCUAUGGAAUUCAGCCUUGAUCACGUGGGGUUGAUGGCAAGAACUGUGCACGAUGUAGCGUUAUUACUUGAGGUUACAGCUGGCUCAGACGAUGGCCUAGAUUAUCGCCAACCACAUGGACUGCGGCCAGAAACUUACGUAAAUCAGCUUACGAGUGAAAUAUCCCACCUUCGACUCGGACUUCUCACAGAGGGCUUUUCUCGUCCACAGUCUGAGCCCGAUGUUGACGAAUGCAUCAAAAAGGCCGCUAAACGGCUGGCUACAGAAACGCGUGCGACUUUACAAGAUGUCUCUGUUCCGAUGCAUUUGGAUGCAACUGUUAUUUAUGACGCUUUCACCGAAGGAGGACUCUGGCCUAACAGAUUUUUUGAGACAAACGGCUAUCAGGUGACCAGUCUCCAAAAAUGGUUUGCACAGGGACUGAAAACUCGUGCAAAUGAUCUCAGUGCCGACUAUAAAGUCACAGCUAUCAAAGGAAGAUACUUACAAAGUAAUUAUAACGACGAGUUUUACUUUAAGGCACGCAAUCUAGCGUGGAAACUAAGGGAAGUGUUUGACGAGGUACUGACCAAAGUCGACGUGUUGAUAAUGCCUACCAAUCCGAAAAAAGCCAGACCACUACCGCCUCCAAAUAUAUCUCUACGAGAAUAUAUGACAUGCUGCAGCGAGAACUACAUAAAUACGUGCACCUUUAAUAUGACGGGUCACCCAGCCCUGUCAAUCAACGCCGGCGUCAGUGAUGGCUUACCGGUCGGUAUGAUGAUUGUGGGAAGAAAGUUUGAUGAGGCCACUGUUCUUAAUGUCGGCUAUGCUUAUGAGAAGAUCAGAAAAAUGUAGAUGAUUGAACGCACUUCUGUUUUCUGAUCUCAACGUUGCUAUGGUUUCUGUAAUGUAUUAGCCCAAGGUCCAGUAAACAAGACAAGAUUGGUUAGACAAGAUCAA